AUGGUGUUUUGGGAUUUAAAUGAUAGUCAGCGUAUGGGUGCUGGAUUAAUCGGUUUUGCCUUUUUUUUUAUUCUACUUGGAUUUGCUCUAUUCUUCGAUAGAGCCCUAUUAGCCCUUGGUAAUAUAUUUCUAAUUGUUGGUGUUAUACUUCUUUUGGGACUUAGUCGAGCACGAACAUUUUUCGUGCAACCAGAUCGUUUAACUGGCUCAGCUUGUUUUUUUGCUGGUAUUGGUUUAUUACUUCUUCGUUGGCCUAUUGUUGGUGUUAUACUUGAAAUAAUUGGAUUUUACAAAUUAUUUGGUGGAUUUAUACCUGCUAUUAUAUCGGUGAUUCGAUCUAUUCCUGGUUUUGGUUUUGUACUUUCUUUGCCAUAUAUUUCGGCAUUGAUUAAAAAAUUAGAAGGUAUCGAUGAUAGAAAAUCAACGAUAAAAAAACCUGUUGUAACAACAAAUUCAGUUAAAAUUGUUAAUAUUGGCCAAGAAAUUAGUCAGAGAAACAUUAAAUAG